AUGUUGAAAGGUCUGGACGUAGGCACCUCAGGGCGGGUGCAGCAGCUCAGUGAUCAACAAGGAGCCAGGUUUCUUUUGUUUUUCUUCUCUGCUACACUUGGAAAAGUUGGCUGGUCACCACAUGAUGGCAAAGCUGCCACCAUUGAUCCUGGCAUCAUGGCUAUAUCUGCAGGCUUCUUUAUACUAUAUAUAUAUAUACACACACACAGGAGGUCCAACCUCUCCGCCAGGAGACGGGCUAGACAUCACCUGCCCAGCGUCUUCAGCAAGCUCUCUGCCAGAGCCUGGAGGACGGAGGCGGGAGGGGAUGCGGCGCGGAGGUGGCCACCGCACAUCCGGGCGCGCCUGCAGCCGGCAGCGCGCUGCAUAAUUGAUUGGGGGCCGGGCGCAGUUCUGGGUCGGCCUCGGGCGCGGCGAGAGCGUCUCGGGGGAGGAGGGCAGGGCGGCCGCGCCCCUCCCACUCGCCUUUUCUCGCGCAUCCUGCCCUCUGGCCUGGCAGCGGGGGUCGGGACAGCGGCGGGUGUGCGCGUAGGCAGCGGGCUCUGCGAGGACCGCGGCGGGGCCGCCGGCGCCAUGCGCACCCUCUCCGGCCUGCGGGGGCCCCGGGCGCCGCCGCCCGCGCCGCUCCUCCUCCUGUGCCUGCUCGCCGCGGCGCGCCGGAGCUUGGCGGACGGCCAUCCCUCAGCUUCACCCUUUACAAGUCUGCCUGUCCGAGAAGAAAUGAUAGCAAAAUACUCGAACCUUCCCUUGGAGACUCAUAACAUAUCACUAACAGAACAUUCCAAUGUGCCAGUGGAAAAAAAUAUCACUUUAAAAAGACCUUCUAAUAUACAGCUCAUAUGCCAAUUCACAACAUCUGGGGAUUUGAAUUCAGUGAAUGUAACUUGGAAAAAAGGUGAUGAACUACUUAAGAAUGAUGUCAUCAAUGCAACAGGAAACAUCCUGUAUACCCAAUACACGUUCACCAUCAUUAAUAGUAAACAAAUGGGAAGUUAUUCUUGUUUCUUUGAAGAGGAGAAGGAACAAAGGGGCACAUUUCAUUUCAAAGUCCCUGAACUUCAUGGAAAAAACAAACCAUUGAUCACUUAUGUGGGGGAUUCGACUGUCUUAAUGUGUAAAUGUCAAGACUGUUUUCCUUUAAAUUGGACCUGGUACAGUAGUAAUGGGAGCGUACAGGUUCCUCUGGAUGUUCAAAUGAAUGAUAAGUAUGUGAUCAACGGAACAAAUGCUAAUGAAACAAGGCUCAAGAUAAUGCACCUCUCAGAGGAAGAUCAGGGAUCUUACUGGUGCCGUGCGGUAUUCCAAUUAGGCGAGAGUGAAGACCACAUUCAACUUGUCGUGCUGAGUUAUCUGGUGCCCCUCAAACCAUUUCUCGCAAUAACUGCUGAGGUGGUUCUUUUAGUGGCUAUUAUUAUGCUUUGUGAAAUUUACACCCAAAAGAAAAAGAAGCAGCAAGAUGAGGGGAAAGAAUUCGAACAAAUUGAACAGCUGAAAUCAGAUGAUAGCAAUGGUAUAGAAAAUAAUGCCCCCAGGCACAGAAAAAAUGAAUCUGUGAGCCAGUGAAUGAGAAACAUCAUGUCAAGAGUCAUGGGAAGAUGUACAGAGAGUUUGUAUCUCAACUUUGUUUACGCUUCCUGUUAAGAACAUCUGAGUUUUUAUGUUUAAAAGGAUGGAAAAUUUAUGCAACAUGCUCAGCAGUAGCUUUGUAAAUUAUGUAUGCUAUGAGACCUAAAGAUUUAUUUUCAUUCUGUAAUUAUUUUACAUUAAAGCAAGAUAAAUUGUAUUAAAUAUGUUCUAUGCGCUAUAACCCAGGAUAAUUAAUUUCCUCCUGGUCUUGAAGGGACACACAGAAAAGACACCAGCAAAACCAGUUAAUGGUACAUAGAGCUAAUGUCACUCAAGACUUGUUUAUAACCAAAGAAUUCAUUAAAGAGAAAAGCUUUGCCGUUUGUCUUUAAUUUUUUUUUCCUCAAUCAUGCUUACUAUAUAUAGAAGUAUAUGUAAUAAUUUUCAUGUAAAGUUCAUCCUUCUGUCAUAUUGAAAAAAAGUGUCUUCACUAGGAAAUGAAUACUUUCUGCCUUUGCUAAUGAAGGUUACUCUACAAUCUCCACAAGGUAAACGUACUUUUCCUCUAAAAAUAUUGGUUUAAGGCAAGGAAAUAAAACCAUAUACUUACCCCAAAUAUCUAUCACCAGAAAAGCAAAUUUCCCAAUCUUUAUUCCACUCAUUUCCAUUGCUUUCCCACACCAGGCUAAAGGGAUUCUUAGUCUUUAUGCAGAGAAUUGUUUUUAAAACCAUAGGUUUUAGAUUUCUUAAGUUACACCUGGUGUUGAUAUUGUAGGGUGCAGGUCCAUAUAGACAUAAGAUAGCAUUGCCACAGGGAUGCUUCUGUGGUUCAUGGUUUCCUGGUAUCUCUGCCUUGAUACCUGGCUUCCUAGUAUCCAUGCCUGGCUAAAUAUCUAAAAAUGCAUUAUUAGAGCUUUACAAUACUAAUUCCUUUGUCUGAAAUUCAGAAGUACUAAAGUACUUCUUCUAUGUUGUUGCAAAUGCCUUAGACUUUUCUUC